AUGCCUCUGGCGCCGCGUGGGGAGGCAGCGUCCGGCUCGCCGACUUCCACGGUUCUGACCGUCACCUCCGACCCCAGUGUGGCUACGGCGACAGCCCUCCCGCACGCCUUCGACACCAGUCUCGGCAACAACUUCACCGCUGCCAGCUGCCCCACCUUCUUCAACUCGUUCCUCGACAACUCCACCUUCCAGGCCUGCGUCCCGCUGUCCCUGCUGCUCCAGACCUCCAGCGCCUUCUUCCAGGCCACAAAGUCGCUUCUGCGCAUCACCCAGGUGCUCGACGCCUCGUGCUCGGCCGACCUUCCCCAAUGCACUGCUCUUAUGGACCACUAUGCCACCGAGCUGGUCAAGGACGCCCAUUGCGGCGCCGACUACAGGGCGAGAAACCCCAUUGUCAUGCAGGCCUACGACGGCUUUGUUGCCUAUGUUCCCUCAUACCAAGCCGGCUGUCUGCGCGACUCGUCCGGAAGCUACUGCUUCGCCAACGCAAUCACCAAUUCCUCAUCACCCACAAAUUCCUACCCUUACUACCUCCCGCUCGGCGUCCCUCUGCCGGGCGGUUCCCGGCCAACGUGCAACAGCUGCCUCCAGAACACCAUGAAUGCAUACUGGACGCAUGCCUCAAACUCGACCCAACCCAUCAGCCAGACGUACAGCGAUAGCGCAUCGCAAAUUGCCAUGCAAUGCGGUCCCGAUUUUAUAAACCGGACAGUAGCCGCGUCCACCAAUGGCGUGACAGCCACAUUGACCCAGCCCGGAGCGCUAUCCUCGGCGGCACUGUUGAUGACACUCUUUGCGUUUGUCUUCUAA